AACAAAUGCCUGUCGUCAAGAGCCGAGCUUCCCGCGGCCGACCGGGUAUAGCAUGCGAGGAUCAAACACACUGCCAAACGAGACGGGCAUUUAAUCCAAGGUCCUUCCACCUUAUUCAUAAACCUGGUUAAACGAGAGGUGUUGGCUGCUUACUGACCUACCUGCACAUGGGUCCAUGCUGAUCCGGGUGUGAUUCCACGUGUGUACCAAGGAACGACGAUGAUCUUUUCUUUUCUCGAGAAAAAUAACCAGAAUCAUGGGACGAACCUCGCAUGAACCGUGUUGACAGAUCUUACAGGUCAGAAAAAGAAAGCAAGCGAAAGGACCCGAGCUCGAUUAAUUGUCACUGCUUGGCGAUGAGAACCACGUCGGAUGUAACCCUAGAGGAGCAAUGAUUUACGGUCCCUUGACGGAAAUCAUGGUUACAAAGUGGGAACUAGUCCAGCAUUUUAAUGAACCGCGUAUCACUGCAUUGCUCGGUGACCUGUCAACGGACAUUCAUCCCGGAGCUACUAAAAGGUUCAUUACAACCCACACGAUCGUGAGACCUAGACAAAAGUUCAGCAUCCUUCGUUUCUCUAGCUUGCUCACCAAGGAAGCUUUUGAGGUACCCGAAGGGCGCCAAGACUCUAAAAAUAUGGAUUCCUUUUUACGAAUAUCCAUUGAUGGAGCGGGGGAUUGUCCGGAUCCCCCGUAUCACUCCAUAGUGAUGGAGCAUAAUGCCCAUAAGCUCUUCACGAAUUGACCAAGAGUGACUCCAUUCAGUGUCCGUCUCUCGGAGGCGUCCCAUAAUCACGCAACAAUCCCUUAGCGAGUGACAGUCCAGCAUCGGCUUUGUCCUCUAGGGGCUACGUCCGCCAUUUUAGAGCGUUUUGAGCGUCUCUUAGUCCGCCGUCUAAGCCUAUUUAGGGACUGGUUGCGAUGUUGGCGGCCCUUUGCCUCUAGAAGCAAUCUAAACCUUCUGCCAAGUGCCAACGGCUUUUCUUUACCUGAAGGCCCGGGAAUACCGGCUUCCGGCGCAGGGAUUUUAGGUCAGUUGGUCCAGCGAGUUCAUGCUGGCGAGUGUUUAUAAUGGAGAAAUACUGCAGUAGUCAGUAGAGUUAUUUGAUGGCUGAUGGAGCAAUCCUUUUGGGGAGAUUUGCAAAUCGAGAUGUCAAUGACUCGAGAUCGGACCAUCAUGUGGGGGAGCUGAACCUGAUCGGCCAUACUUGGUCGGUGUUGGAGAAAGAAUAUGGAAGGGAUCGACAGCUACCAAAGCAUAUUUCCUCCCAGGCAGCGAGAUGUUCUGCGUGCUCGCUGCAAUUCUUCCGAGCAACAAAGGAGCAGUUCUUUUAGGCGAAUGCUGGCUCUUCUUCGGAUGCACAAUCCCUGGGGCAAGAGAAUGUAAUUUCACUCAAGUCAUGACAUGGCAGACCAUGUAAUUUGUAUGGACAAUGCUCCGGUCUCACGGCCCACCAGGCCUUGACGUCCGUCGAACUUAAAGACAGCGAUCGACAUGGCAAGCCACUGAUGCAAGUAUCUUAAACGAGCUUUCUCAUUUUUCUUCCAGACGUUGUCUAGAAGCUCAGCUCGCGAUCCUCACUGCACGCACCUUGUCCCUUUGUCAAAACGCAACAAGAUGCAUUCCUCAAACACACUAAGCCUGCUCUUGGCGGCUUUCUCUGGUUAUGCCUCUGCCCUCCCUCAUUAUCCUGCCCCUCCUGUCCCUGGCGUUCCUGGUGAUCACCACCCUCCCGGACCUCCAGGACCUCCAGGACCUCCAGGACCUCCUAAUCCUCCUCCCCCUCCGUCUCCCUCUGCUCCCGCUCCCGGCCCUCCCCACGUUUCCCCUCCAGGCGUUCCUACUGUUCACGUCUGCAACGGAACUUACCAGGGCAAGCAUGACACCACGUAUGAUCAUGAUCUGUUCCUUGGCAUGCCCUAUGCCCAACCUCCCGUAGGCCCCUUGCGUUUCUCCUCACCCAAAUCUCUUGAUAAGACCUGGAAGGGACCUCGAAAUGCCACUGAGUUCGGAUGGAUGUGCAUUGGUUACGGCUCUGAUACCCAGAACCUCGGCAACCCUGUCAACGAGGACUGCUUGACCAUUAACAUCGUACGACCUUCUGGUGUCAAGGCUGGAGAUGAGCUUCCCGUUGGUCUUUGGGUUCAUGGCGGCAGCUACACCAACGGCGGUUCCCGAGACCCUAGGUACAACCUGAGCUACAUCGUUGACCAGUCCGUCAAGGAGGGCAAGCCCAUCGUCGCUGCCUCCAUCAACUACCGUGUAUCGCAAUGGGGCUUCCUCUUCAGCGAGGAGAUGCAGAAGGAGAAUGCCGGUAACUUGGGCUUCAAGGAUCAGCGCCUGGCUAUGAGAUGGCUGCAGGAUAACGUCGCCGCCUUCGGUGGUAGCCCCGACAAGGUCACUAUCUGGGGAGAGUCUGCUGGCGCUCGAUCCCUGGGUAUGCAGCUUGUCGCUUACGAGGGUCAGCACAACAACCUCUUCCGUGCUGCUGUCCUCGAGUCUGGUAGCCCUGUUGCGCUGUUCAAUGAGGCCUCCGAUUGGCAGGAGUACUAUGAUGCUCUUGUCAAGAAGACUGGAUGCGACUCUGCCUCCGACAACCUCGAGUGUCUUCGUGGCCUUCCUUGGGAGACCCUGAACAACAUCUUCAACAACACUACCCCUCUCGAUGUUACUGCCCCUACUCUCACUGCGGUUAUCGACGGUGACUUCAUGACCGCCCAGGCCUCUAAGCUCCUCCUGGCUGGCAAGUUCGCUCACGUCCCUCUUCUCAUGGGUAACAACUUCGACGAGGGUACUGCCUACGCUAAGAAGGGUAUCAACACUACCGAGCAGUUCCGGUCCUGGCUCUCCAGCCUCGGCCUCAGCCAGACUCAGGUCACUACUGCUACUGCUUUGUACCCUGACAUCCCUGCUGACGGGAUCCCCGCAUCUUUCACUGGCCGUCCUACCAACGAGUAUGGCUCCCAGUGGAAGCGUGCCGCCGCCUUCGCUGGUGACUUCCAGCAGCACGCCGGACGACGCCUCUUGGCCCAGGUCUACUCCGGCUCUUCCAUUCCCGUCUUCUCCUACCUCUGGAACGUUUACGUCAAUGGCCUUCCCGCCAUCAUUGGAGCCACCCACUUCCAGGAGGUCGCUUUCGUCUUCAACAACGUCAAGGGCGUUGGUUACAACCCUAGCCCCUUUGAAGGCAAGCCCGAGACUUUCGUUGAGCUCGCUGACCUCAUGAGCAAGAUGUGGGUUUCUUUCAUGCAUGACUUGACACCCAAUACUGUCAAGACUGCGCCAAGCCAUGUUACCUGGCCUCAGUACACACUCGAAGAGCCUCUUAACAUUGUCUUCGAUGUCAACAAGACUGAUCUCAGCUACACUGCUGUUGACAACGUCCGAAAGGAGGAGGUUGCCUUCCUCCUUGACAGUGUCUUUGCCUAAGUUCGUGGCCAGCAGUCAAUACGUUGGCUAGCUGUAAUGUAUAAUAGGGUGCCAUUUCAACAUCCUUCUGAAGACGUAUCGGCCAGGUGGCCAAAGCCUUUUAACACUUUGUAUAUAGCUUUAUCUUCGAUUCGUAUUAGCGAGCAUCUAGCCAUGACUUGAAUGGAUCAAAAAAUCACAUAGUCACACACUAUGUAUCGUAAUUUACAAUAAGUUCUGGUUCUCGAGCAACUCAUUCGCCCAUCCUACGGUAGACAUACUCUAGCUACUGCCAACUGGAUUCCACCAUAUUCACAAACACCUUGCCCCGGUAACCUGUAACAAUCUACUC